CGUCCUAUUCCCCAUUUAUUUCUUUCUGCCAAAUUUUGAGUUCUUCUAUGUUCUCUGCCCCCCAGACUCGCGUGAGCGACUGAGCGUGUGAUCGCCGCCUCCGCCCUCCUCCUCCUCCUCCUCCGCCGUCGCCGCCGCCAUCUUCACUGUUCAUGAGUCACACAAUGGCUGCUUCUUCAUUCCAUUUACUGCACGCUCUCCUCACGCGCCGCCGUGAUCCAAGCCACCACUCCCCCACGCUCAAGUCAUGGUUCUUUUUCCUUCCCACGACUUUGGCUCUCACAACCUCUCUCCUCAUUCUACUCUACAUCUCCUCCACCUCUAAUCUCUUCUUCGUUUAUCCGCACAACCUCGCGAACACCGCUGCUGCUUCGAUCAAUCGCGAGGAGCGCGCACGGGUUUCGUCCCGUUCCUCGCCAAAAUUACCUGGUUUCAGGAAAAUUCCUCGUUUCACCGAUAGGGAUAUAGUUUCUGAGGAUCCAGGAAUUUCUAUAUCAAAUAUGGAUUCUCAUCAUGUUUCAGGGAUACACAGUGUUGACAAAGAGCUGUUCCACGAUAGAGAUGUCUUCCUAGAAAACUACAAGGAAAUGAAUAGAAGCCUAAAGGUUUUUGUUUACCCACAUAGCCGAGAUGAUCCAUUUGCGAAUGUGCUCUUGCCUGUGGAUUUUGAACCCGGUGGUAAUUACGCCAGUGAAAGCUACUUCAAGAAGAAUCUAUACAGUAGUCAUUUUAUUACAGAAGACCCUUCCACGGCAGAUCUAUUCUUUUUGCCCUUUUCAAUUGCAAGGUUGCGACAUGAUCCACGAGUGGGUAUUGAUGGCAUCCAGGACUUCAUUGGAAAUUAUAUUUUCAACAUCAGUCGUGACUAUCCUUACUGGAAUCGUAGUGGAGGUGCUGAUCAUUUUUAUGUUGCCUGCCAUUCAAUUGGCCGCACUGCCAUGGAGAAAGCUGUUCAGGUGAAAAAUAAUGCCAUCCAAAUUGUAUGCACAUCGAGCUAUUAUCUGUCUUUCUACACGGCUCACAAAGAUGCAUCCUUACCCCAAAUUUGGCCCAGACAAGGCAACCCUCCCAAUCUUGAUCGUGAAAGGUGUGGGAAACCCUUUCAAUAUUAUUCCAUUCAUUGCAGCUGUUUAUCCAUUACUUAUUUUAGAUCGAAGCUGGCCUUUUUUGCUGGAUCAAUUAACUCACCUGUACGCCAAAAGCUUCUCCAGACAUGGCAAAAUGAUUCGGACAUAACAGUCCACUUGGGGUACCUCUCGACGUCCUAUGCGGAGGAGCUUCUAAGCAGCAAGUUCUGUCUCCAUGUCAAAGGAUUUGAGGUCAACACAGCUCGCAUUGGCGAUGCGCUGUACUAUGGAUGUGUUCCUGUAAUAAUCGCAAACCACUAUGAUCUUCCUUUUCAGGAUAUAUUGAACUGGAAGAGUUUUUCCAUUGUUGUUGCAACGUUGGAUAUCCCUCUCCUGAAGAAGAUCCUCAGAAGCGUAAGCGACAGCGAAUACACAGAGUUGCAAAAGAAUGUGGUGAAGGUGAGAAAACACUUUCAGUGGCAUCUCUUGCCGGUCGAUUAUGAUGCCUUUUACUUGGUCAUUUAUGAGCUAUGGAUUCGACGAAGCUCUUCCAGAAUUAACAGAUUUAAAUACAGUCCUUAUUUGCGAUGGUAGUGAAGCUCUUAGCCAGAGAGAGAAAUUAAAGGGCUUGAUUCAUGCUCGGGGAUGGUUGAGUGGCUCUUGGGAUUUCAACUGCCU